AUGCCGCCACGUCUGAGCCAUCGCAAGUCUACAACGGGCUGUUUGCGAUGUAAAGCACGGAAAGUCAAGUGCGACGAAAAUCGACCACAAUGCACCCACUGCGUCCGCCAUAACGUACCCUGCGAAUGGCCGGCACUAGCAACGCGAAUCUACAAGCCCAAUCAGCCAAAAUUGUCAAAUGCACUUUCCAAGAGACCCGCACCGGCACUACAGCUGGGCCUUCCAUCCCCCGAACUGGGCGGACUGCGGGUCCUCGAACUGCGACUCAUGCACCACUGGACCACGACAACGGCCGAAACAAUGAGCUCCGCCCAACUAGCCUCCGUCCGCGAGAUGUGGAGCGUCUCUGUACCGCAGAUGGCGUUCGAGUACGAGCCACUUCUUCACACUUUACUUGCGCUGGGCGCCGCGCAUCGCUCCACCCUCCUGCCGGAUGAGGCGAAUUCCCUGCGCCCUGUGUAUCAGGGGUACAUUGAUUCGGCGCUGCGACGGCAUCGACCGGUCACUUCUGAUUUGAAUGAGAAUACGGGUGAGUCGGUUGCGCUUAAUGCGGUGCUGCUUUCACUUUAUACGUUAUUCCUGCGGUCGGAGCCUUCGAGCGAGCCGUAUGAGCCACCGAUGAUGUGGCUCUCAAUGGCGCAUGGGAUCCGGACGGUCAUGGCGCAAGUCUUUCAUCAGCUUGUCCGGAAUAAAUCCAGGUUGUGUCCCCUCCUCUUUGCGCAGCCGACGCUUUGGGAUCGGAAGGAACAGGCUACUUCGUACGACGGGCCCGCGAAGCCGUUUCAUUUUCUCCUCAGUUAUCGACGGGAUGAGGAGGUUCUAGAUGAUAAGGAUGAGUCUGCGUACAUGGAUGCAGUGCAGUAUCUCGAGCGCUUGUAUGUUGCCGUGGAGACACAUGAGCCUGAGUUUAUCGUUCGCAAGAUGUUUAGCGGGUUUCCUCCGGUGGUUCCUCGUCAUUUCCUUCGGCUUGUUUCUGAUAAGAGGCCGCGGGCGCUUGCGAUUCUCGCUCGUCUUUUUGCGCUGGGUAAGACGGUGGAUAAUAUUUGGUGGCUGCGCGGUAUUCCGGAGAAGGAGGUGGUUGGGAUUAAUAGUAUUAUGCCGGCUCAGUGGAGGUGGACGAUGGAUUGGCCGCUUAUCCUUGUCUCUAAGGAUUCCAGGCAAGGGAAUGUGUCUGUUCCUGUGACGAAUCGAAGUGUCAUUGACGCCCUGUUUUGA